AUGUGUUCCGGGAUUACGGGGAGAAAAGGGGGCGGACAGGAAGGGACGUGUGAGAGCCCCGUGUUGAAGUCGGCCAGAAGAAGAGUUUAGUGUGGGUUACGGGUGUGAUAGUAGACCGUUGUGGUGAUUCGUUGUGUUGUGGUGUUUCAAUUUUAAAAAGGGCUGUUGUUCCUUCUAUGUGGUUUGGUGUUUGUGUUGAGCGCAGUGUUACAAUACGCAUCACCACUCCUCGCCAGAUGGGGCAGUAAUGUACCUAAUAGUUAUUUGUCAACCGACCGCCAAUGCAAGAAGAAGGUUACAUGUAGUACCGCCUCUUCUUCACAUGUGUUAUGCUAGCGUUAACGUCAUGACAACUAUACAAACGUUAUUGGUUGUUUCUGCGAAAUGAGCUUGUUGUUUUAUUACUGAAGCGAGACUGGCUGCUAAUAAUAAUCAUUUAUUGCUUUUAGCAAGGUAGGUAGUUUUCCCAUAUAACAGCAAUCACGCCAUUCUACUGAGUACUGACUGCUUGUUGACCUUGCUAGCAAUUCUAUUGAAGUAAAUGGGGAUAGGCAGUACUGUACUCUUGAUGUGUUUCACCGAUAUUGCCAAUUUGACACCAUGUGUAGUAUGUUGAAUUAAUUAGUAAGGCUAUAUAUAAGGUAAACUAUCAUUAGUCCAAGUGUUGUGAGUGACACAGGGAGUCAUGAGGCGGUCUCUUCACUACUGCAUCUCGCAAUGGAAACAAUACAGUUUGGUGUCAGCUUCAGCCAAGAACUCAUCUUUGUGGAAUCUACAGUCGGCACACACUCGUGGCACAAGACAUAUUCAAACACCAAUGGUUGCAAGUCUACACAGUGCAGAGAGGUUCCACUCACGGGUUUCCCAUUUGGGACCAGAGAAGAAAGAGCAUCUCCCUAAUCCAUUGGUUAGUGCCUCAGCUGCAGAUGAGCUCCAAUCCCCCUCAAGCCAGACACAGAGGAAUUCCAUGUUCCUCGAGCACCUGCAACACUGCGGAUCCCCGUCGGAUGUGCUUGACCUUCCCUCCCAAUACACACCCCAACAAGUCAGCAACUACUUGAUGCAAAUGUGGACCAGCAUAAAGAAGAUGUCUCAUGAGCAGCGGCGCUGUGAGCUGCAGCUAAUGUUUGAACAUCCCGCAUUUGAGAUGCUGCUAGAAAACGCCAAGAUGAAUGUGGGCUCCAUACGAAAUGACAACUUGGCUUACUCUCUGCUGGCUAUGGUGAACCUGGGGGUGCCCCAACGCAGCCGUGUGGUCCAGACGUAUCUGCGUGCAUGCCAGGAGAAGUUAAAUGACUUUGACGAGAAAAGUCUGUCAAUUUUGGCCACAGUUCUGGAAGACAUGGAAAGAAGUCCCAACGUUGAUGCACUGAAACACGGCUUGAGGAUGGUAAUUGAGGCCCGUCUUCCCCAGAUAACAAAUGUUGUGGCGCUCCAGACAGUGAUGCGUCUCUUGGGUAAAGAUACAUCGCUUGACCUCAAACGAAAACUGGAGCAAAAAGCCUUAUCGAUGACCGACCAAUUCAGCCCCCCCAACACACAUUACAUGAUCUCCACCAUGGCCAAGAUGGGCUUCUAUUCCAAACCACUGCUGCAAAUUUGCACUCAGAAAAUUACAGACAGAAUCCACGAAAUCCCAUUUAACAGACUGCUAACAGUGCUGCAGUCCUUACGGGAGCUGCGCUACAGAGAUCAUGCUCUCUUUACCACCAUCUCCAACUACAUCGCCUCCACAGUAGACAUUUGGUCCCAAAAGGAGAUCAUCCUCUUCCUGUCCGCGUUUGAGAGCCUGGCCUUUUGUCCUGCAGCCUUAAUGGCGGCAUUUGCCGAGAAGGUCAUCGCCAACCCAGGCGCUCUGACGCUUAAAGACCUUCUCUGUGUCCUCAAGGUGUACUCCUCUCUUAAUUGUGACCUGCAACAAAACAGAGAGGCGUUCCUGCAAAGUAUCAGCCAGGCUCUGGACUCCUACCUGGCCAAGAUGUCUGCUUAUGAUUUGUUAAAGACCUGUUAUUAUCUCUGCCUUCUUGGCCACUUCCCAUCUGCACCGCUGGAGAAACUUCUGCAGGGUAGCACACUGGAGGUCCUGAGAAGCAGAGCCGAGAAGCAGCUCAGGAGACAGGACCAAAUGUUUCAGACGGUGCACCUGUGCCUCCACCUGGACCAGCCUGUCCUCCCUCGGCCGCUGAGUGUCCCACCACCUAUGUUGGGAGAUGUGCCAGCCAACGAGGCACCAGUCAAACUCUUGCAGCUCCUGCAGCGGUUGUUUGGUGACCAAGAAGAUGUAGCACUGCAAGAAAUGGUGGUGGUGGAGAACCUCUACUCCAUAGAUGCUGUUAUCAGCAGACCUGUGGCAAACCACAGUGAGGAAACAUGUUCACAAGCAGAGCAAACAGAAAGAAUUGCAGUGCUGUGCCCAGCUUCCUCUGCCUUCUGCUUUGGCACAUCCACACCUCGCGGCCCGUUGGCUGUCAAACUUCGCCAUCUGAAGGUUUUAGGAUAUUUGCCUAUUAUGAUAACAGAACCAGAGCUCAAGUCGGAGGAGAAUGCAGCAGAGCUUCUCAGGGAACGGAUCUUUCCGGAUAGACGAACCCUGAGCUCCAAAACCAGCAGCUGAUCAUCAUGUUGGACAUAACCUGUGAUAUCACUCCUGUGAUUCUGUGGUUGUACUUUAUCUUUGAGUAUUUUGGAUCCAUUUAAUGGAUGAGAAGCUGAGGUAUUGACCCAUCAAUAAAAUUUGAUGUGCCCAACUCA